AUGACGCCCAAGUCGCCUCGACCGCAGGUCCACGACGACUCGGACUCGGGCUCGGACGACGAGUUCCUGCGUUUGGCCUCCGCCUCGGCGCGCCGCAAGGCCGGCCUGCCCGCGCGGACGCUCUCCCCGCGCCACAACCUCGAGACCAGGACCGAGAAGAGCACAAAGGCGCUGCGCAAUGCGGCGCGCAAGACGACCUUUGUCGUGACGGGCAAGAACGCCGAGCACCGCCGCCUCCAAGCAACCGUCGACGCGCUUGAGGCCAGGGCGCGCAGCGUCACAAUUGGUGCGCCAGCGACAGGCAAGACCAUUUUCGAGCAAAAGGCCGCCGCCAAUGACAUCCCCGCGUCCGCUGUUGCGUUCCAGAGCGCGCCGUCCGACGUCCAAGACAUGUACAAGGAAGGAUACAGCUACAUGUCGGACGAGAUGUGGAAGGAAGCGUGCGCAUCGUGGGAGAAGAUCGUCGCGCUCCCGUCGCCGCCAUCGCUCGACUGGUUCUUGCCGCUUCUCGCGCAGCUUGCAUUUGCCUACAAGAAGCAGGGGUAUCUCCGCAUGGCGCUCAAGUGCUACCACCGCAUUCGCGGCGACAUCCAACGCGCGGGCGACGGCCACGACGACUUCUUGGCCGACACGCUGCACCAAAUGUCGGCCAUCUACCACGAACUCGGGGACAUGGAGCAUGCAUUGGCGUACACGGACGAGGCGAAUGCACUCCUCCUCGACCUCGUCGGCAAGAGCUGCGAGACGCCGGCCGAGAAGGCGCGCGUCGACGAGCUGCACCAAAGCCGGCAGCUCGGGCGGCUGCUGCAGGACGCGGCGACCGGUGAGUUUGCCAGCGUCCACGCCGCCCUCGAGGCCGGCGAUGUCUCAAUCGAGACACUCGCAGCCUUUGUCGACCCCACGACGCACGCGACGUUCCUCAUGGCGUCGGCCGGCGCCGGCAGCCUCCACCUCGUCUCGGCGCUGCGGAAUGCGAUCGAUACGCCAGCGGCGUGGAAGGCCUUCGUCGAGCGCAGUGACGCACACGGCAACUCGGCGCUCGCGUGGGCGUGCAAGUUUGGCCAAGUCGAUGUCGUCGCGUACCUCUUGGAAUCGGGCGCGUCGUUCCAGUCGCUCAAGAAGGAAGAGCUCAAGCGCUGGCCCAAAGCAAGCCUGGCAACGAUUCAAGCCCACCUCGCGGCGCGCAAGCAGCACAAGGAAGCGGCACAGCAAGCACCGCCAUCGGUGGUACCGGCCGCGCCGCUGUACAAGCCGCUCGUGCCCAUAUCGCCCAAGGCCGUGCCCGCCAAGCCGCUUGAGCUCGCACCGUUUGACGUGGCCCCGAUGCCAGCGUCCUUCAACGCUGCACCUCGCAGUGCGGCGGCUGCCUCGGGUGCGCUGGCGGGGCGCGACCUCGAGGCGUGGCAGCCCGACGACGACGCGAUCGCGAGCGUCACCGGCGACCUCGAAGCGACAAAUGCCACGACGUGGGACCAGUUUGAAGCCAACGAACGCCUCUUUGGUGUCACGUCGGGCUACGACGAGUCGCUGUAUACGACGGCGCGGACGGCGGGGACGCCGGCGCAGGAGGCUGCCGCUGCGCGUCUCGCCGCCGAAAUCAUGGGCCAGCGCAGUAGUAAUACGCAUGUCAUGGAAGAGCGUGGUGUUGUCGACGCGGCCGGUCAUGACCCGGAAGCGCGGUACGGCGCGGUGCUCGGCAGCGGCGCAUACGCCUCGCCGACCGCCGGUCGUCGCCGGGAUAACGACGAUCGCGUACAAGCGUACACGUCGCAGCAAGCACACGCUGGGUGCUUCAACAAAGCCAAGAUCGCGUCGCACGCCAAGUGGCCAAUCAGCGCCCAUGGUCACUUUGCACUUAUGCACGCGAGUGAGCACGUCGACGUCAGCGAGGCGCGCAUCCUGGCAAGCCUCGUGGGUCACCGCCGCAAGGGCCACGCCAAGACGCUGGCGCUGUGCGAAGCCUCGUUCGAGGUGCUGCCCGACCUUCCAGACGCGCUUCGUGUUGGCCUCUUUGCAUCGCCCAAGACGUACUCGGCGUACGUCCGCUUGUCAAAUGCGUCGCCUGUCGUGCAGCCUGACGACGUCAAGGACGUGCGUGGCCUGUCCAUCAAGCUGCUGCACGUGCCUGGCGACAAGAUUCCCGAGUCGACCGAGCCCCGUAGCCAGGACUUUUUGCUCGUGAGCAGCCCAUCGGUGGCUCUUGGCACGGCCAAGCUCCUCCGCGACAGCCUGCGCGACUCGCCGGCGGUCUUCAAGACCAAGAUGGUCGUCAAAGGCAAGUGGCGCCGCCUCAAGGCGCUGUCGAAACCCCGCAUUGUGCCGUCGUCGCUGCUCAACAUUCCGUUCUACAGCGCGCUGCCGUUCGCGCGGUCAAGUAUGUGCUGA